AUGGACUAUACUUUUCAAGCAACCAAAACCAGAAAUCCCCUCCGAUAUACUUUCGACGGCCACUUCUCACCGGAUACUCCACGGGAUGACUCGUCAUCAGAAUCCCGAUGCUCAAACUCGAGCUUCCAAGUGAUAGCCGACAGCAUGGUCCGAAUGGAGACUGCCCGGCUCGAGAUGAUGAAGAAGAGGGAGAUGGCGAGGCUGGACGCUCAGAAGCAGCAGGCUGAGUUGGAAGUCGAGAUGACUCGGAUGAUGUUGCAGACGCAAGUGCAUAUUGCUUCGACCGUUUGCCACACCAGGAAGAGGAAGAAUAGCAGUGAUGGAGGUCUACUUCUCACUCUGCUCCUCUCUAAUAUGCUUUGA